AUGUCGUCGAUGAUGAAUAAAACUGGAAGAAGUAGAAAGAAAAGCGAGAGGAUAUUACUAAAGACGACAUUCAGCAAAUUCACUAAUGAAGAAUCAAAUCCGGUGCUUAUUGAUAUGGAAGAUGAAGACCAUCAAGGAAACGAAACAGAACAACCUCGAAUUAAAAGACAAAUGCAAAAGAAAGAUUCAACAUCUAAGAAAAAAAUAAAGAAACAAACAGGUUGGGAUAAAAGCGUAAACCGCACACCGGAUAAUUCGAUACAAAGGGAAAAUGAAAUGAGAACAAAAAAACGGUUUGACAGUUGUAAAAGAAAUGGUCUUGAAGUUGUAGCUUUGAACUCAGAUUCAAGUUGGAAUGAAAGUGUAGACCCGACACCAGAAAAUGCAAUACAGAGGGAAAAUGAACUGAGAACAAAAAAACGUUUUGACAGUUGUAAAAGAAAGGGUCAUGAAGUUGUUGUUUUAAACUCACGUUCAAAAGAACAUAAUUUGAAAAGUAAGGUCAAGGUCAAUAAGUUUGAUGUCGAUGUUGACUCGGAUUUUGAAUAUGCUCAAACUGUGGUUAUUAGGAAAAAUAGGAUGCAUGGCACUUCAUUCAAAAAUGAAAAUGAAGAACAUGUGAAGAAAUUAAGUAAAAAUGUAGUUGUACAAAAGAGGCGAAAGAAUAAUAAAGGAAAUGUAGGGAAAGCAAGAAAAGUGCCUAAAGUUGUAGAUACUAAUGCAAAAGAACCAAGGAGAAUACAAGUACGAACAUCACCAAAUGUGUUGUACAAUUGUAUGCAUAACCUUAGUGAGGAACAGGAAUCAUAUAUUUCUUCUAUUGGUCUGGGGCAUUUGUUAAAUAUGAAAGUGGAUGGGUAUGCAUCAAUUAUUGGGCAUUAUACGGUAAGGAAUUUUGAUGCAAAUAGGAUGGUACUCAGGCUUCAUCAUCGUGAUAUACCAAUAAAUCGGGAGGUUAUUCACGAAUUGUUAAGUCUGCCUUUAGGGAAUGUUGCAAUAAAGUCGAUGGCUUAUAGACAUGUUACAGACGACACGAUCACUGCUUGGAGGAAACAAUUCGAUGAUGAAGAUAAUAUUAGACCAAGGGCAGUUCAACAGGCUAUUACGCAAACAACACGUGCAAAUUUACUUUUUAAAGUAAACAUCUUUGUUCUGCUGUGUAAUACACUAGGUCAGUCAAUGAGUAUGGGAAGAUAUGACCUUUCCAUGUUAUCAAAAGUUACAAAAGACCUGGAUCUAAGUGACAUCGAUUGGUAUGGAUAUGUUUUUGAUUGCCUUAAGGACACAAAAAGUGCAUGGAAUCCAUACAGCAGAAAAGGAUUCUAUGUUGGGCCAAUUAUCUUUCUUUUGCUGCUAUAUGUAGAAAGUGUACGAUGUGAUUCAGUAAAGAUUGUACGAGGCAGACCAAAAAUAUGUUUUUGGAAUGUUGAUAAACUGCGUGAGCGAGAAAGAGUCGAGUGUAGGACAAUAGGUUUGGGUAUGGGUGAAUUACAAGAACCAUUUCAAGUCAUCAAUGAAUCAGUUGGUACUGGUAAUGUAGUUCAUGAAAAAGUUCAGACAAAUGAUGCAGGAGAAGGUGUGAAAUUAAGUCAUGGAUGCUUUAAGGGAAAUGAAGGAAAAGAAAAUUUCAGUGGAAGUGGUGAAACAGUUGAGGCCACUCUUUCAACAAUAAAGGAGAUGCACGACAUGCUCAUGCAUCAAAAGAAAGUGUUGGAAGAUAAAAUAAACGAUUCUGUCAAGAAAUACCUCGAUAAUCCAUUGGUCCAAGAAUGGAAAAACAACUUAAAUGAUCUAUUUAAAGAAGUUGCAACAUCAGAUGAACCAGUUCAAUCUCAAUGGUGGUAUGAUAACGAGGAUGAAAUCAAACAUUCACUAAUUCUUGCAAUAUCUCAUAAACAGUUUGACAACUUACCGAUAGCAAACUAUAAUAUUCAGAUGUCAAAGGAUUAUGCAGACUCCGUGAAUGGAUCUAGAAGAAAGUCUUCUCAUAGUACAUCACCAGCUAAAAUAGAAAUAGCAAUGCCUUUGUCUAUUGUUCCAUUCAUGAAUGAACAGAAGGGGUUUAAUAGAAGAGGGGACAUGCCUCGCAUGAAGUCCGGUUAUCUCAAAUAUCCUUACAUUAUACGUGAUGUUGAUAUCACCAAAGGAAUUCCACGACCAGAAAAACGUGUAGCAGACUGGAUAUUCUCUCUCCAAGGCAAGCCAACUGAUAUAGUUUUCCACAGUCUGGAUGGUUUUUCUGUUCAGAGGUUUCACAUGGAAAGUUUUCUUCCUACAUGUGAACUAUUUGGUCAUGUUAUUGAUUGUUGGAGUCCAGUGUUGAAUCUCGAUGAAAGUAAGCGUGCACCAGAAUCUCCUCUGAGAGUUUAUUGCAAGAUGGAGUUGAAGAAUUCGUAUCUUGAAGGUAAGUUAUCAGAAAGUCAAUGCAAAGCUAAAUUCCUUGAGAAUCUUUUGCUUUCUAUUGAAGAUAUGGACUCAACCCUACGUUAUGUUGGAUUGCUUUUCCUACCGGUUGUCCGUUCCUUCCACAUUAUCCUUUUUGUGAUCAAUCUACAACACCCAGAGUUUGUAAUCAUUGACAACAGCAACGUUGAUGAUCCUAUUGAUGUCAUAUAUGGUCAAUUUCCCUAG